AUGCCAGACAAUUUGGUUAAAGGAAAGUCACUUUGGGAGCUAUACCACACCAUUGAACAGGCAAUGUUUAAAAUGAAGCCAACUAAUUAUAUACAUAAAAAACUUAUUUAUUUAAUGAAAGAUAAUACACAAUCAGUUGCAGUUAGACUUGCUGCAUAUGAUAUUUUAGUUCAUCUAUUCAGUGAUGAUGAAUUAGCUCAGGACAUAGCUAUACUACUUAGAGAAGAGAAGAGCAGUCAAAUUAAAUGUUAUAUAGCAUCAGAUAUUCAAAAAUUGGAAGAAAACUAUGGAUCAAAUAGGAGAAGGUUAUGGUACCUCGGUAUACGUCUGNUUAUAUCACUGAAGCUAAAUAAAUAUUAUAACUUAUUUGAAUAUGGAAUAUCACUCAAAAAUUGGGAAGAAUUUGGAAUUUGGUUAAGGAGACAGCUUGCUGAUAUAGAUAUAAAUUAUGCACGCUGGUUGGUAAACAAUUUUGUUGAAAUUGUCCAGAAAUUAGGCAUAAAAGGACUUAUUCCUAUAGUAUCUAGUUAUGGGAGUGAGAGAUUAUCUUUUGUGUAUCCUGACCAAAAAGUUGCAGAAAAUUUAAGGAAAUUGGUCAUACAAUUUCUUGAAGUGAAUGCAAAACAAAAACCAUCAUUAGAAAUAUAUUUCAAGAUGUUUGGUAAUGAACUGGGUUUCGUUUCACUUAACAGUAUAUUCUCCUAUUUUGCCAAGCAGUAUCAAUGGAUGGCUAAUCAAGAUAUUGUGCAAUCCUUGCAUAAGGGUAUAACAUAUAACAUUACACGUCCUUUAAGAUUAAUUGAAGCUUAUCAUUUAGUACCAACAAUGAUGGGAUUACCACUCAAUUGGACAACUAACUGCACUUAUAUUAUAUCUCCUCGUGUAAAAAUUGAUGCCAAUGUUAGUCCAGGAGAACGAACUGAAAAUUUUCACAUUCUGUAUAGUGAGGAAUUCACUUUACAGAAUCGUAUGAUUCUUGAUUUUCCAAUGGUGACACAAAUUGGAGUUCAAGCAAAUACAUCCAUGCACACUUCUCUUAGUUAUGUAUUUACUCUUCAUCAUUCUGAUCGUCGUCAUUUACAUGAAAUAAUAUUUCAUAAACCAAAACAAGAACAAAAAUAUACAGAAUUCUAUCGUACAAAUCAUCAAAUUGAACAUGGUAUAUAUAAAGAGAUUCCUGAUAGGAAGUUUGAAAGAAAAGAGGAAACUCGCUGUACUUCUGAGAAUUUUAAUGAGCUGCUUGGUGUAAAAUUUUGUCAUUAUAAAACAUAUCCAAAAAUUCCUGAUGAAAUGAAACUAUCAGUUUUUAUGACUGGCAGAAUUGAAGAGAAAUUUAUUGCUCAGCCAUAUGAUAAAGAUUUGCAAUAUUAUAAAUUACAAAUAUUUAAUCCACCUACAAAUGAUAGAAAUAUUUAUGAUUUCAAAUUAAAAUUCAAAGCUCAAGGCACAAAGUAUACUAGGGAAACAAAUGUUGAUUUUAACUUUAAUAUGGAAACAAAAGAAGGCCAGUUUGAAGUAAUCAUACCAGAAUUACCAGAUUUGACAAUAUCUGCAAAACGUUCUAUAAUUAAUGAUGAAGAUGAAGAUGAAACUGGAAUAAAGCAUUAUUGGAUUUUACAUUUCAGUAAAAAUAAGAAAUAUGAAAUGAAUUAUAAUUUAAAAGAAAAGAUAGAAUCAAAAAUAAUACCAAAAGGAAGAGGGCAUGCAACCAAAGAAUUUAUAGCUAAAAUACGAGAAAGAACUAUUGAUUUGAGAACUCCUUAUAACACUUACCAAUGGAUAUCAAAAAUGAAUGUUCAAAAUCAUACAACAAAAGUGGAAGCACUUUUAUCUAUUGAAAAUUUGCAAGGCUACUGGAAUUGGCCAUCUAAUAUUCUACCCAGUACAUUUUGGGAAUCAGAUAAAAAAGCUUGGAUAAAGUUUGAAACAAAUUUAGAGAUGUCAAAGAUUGGACAUGGGCAAAUGAUUCAUGACAUUGUAAGUAUAAUUGAAACUCCCAAAAGAACUUUGCAAGUACUUACUCACAGAAUUCAAAUGCCUGGUCGUUAUAAAAUUAAUACAAAUUCAACUGUAACAGAAAAAUUAUCUGGCAACUGUUUAACUUUUAUGAAUGUUUCAUAUAAUGGCUGGAAAAGUGGAAACAGAGAUCAUCAAAGAGAUAUUCAUACAUUUGAUAUAGAAAUUCCACAAUAUUCAUGGAAUAUGCAUUUUGAAAGAGAUUCAAAUGAUUUUAAACACUUAUGGACACUUACGUUAUCAAGAAUAAAGAUGAUUCCAUUGAAUGAAAAUGGAGAAUCUUGUAUUGGAAGAUGGGAUUCAUCACAAAAUGAUAAUUUUGAUAUUCAGAAAUGGGAUGUCAAAUUUGAAGGAAAAAUGACACACAAGUUAUUAGAAGAUCAGUUAUUACCAGAGAAAUUUCGUCAAACUGAUUAUGUUCAUGAUAAAAAUCAAAAGUUUCCUGGAAUAGAAACACAUAUAGAUGUUUCUUUAGACUUUCCUUUUGAAAGUGGAACUGAAUCUUUAAAUGCUAGGGGAGAUAUUUUAAGAGUAUAUAAAAUGUUACCUACAGGUAGUGGUGUUCAAUGGUUUGAUUCAGAAGGUUCUGAAUUAUCAUUUACUCUAUUUAACACAAUCAAUAAUUUUCGAAGAGAAAUCAAAGCUGUUACUGGAAGCAGACAAACUUGGAUUAAUAAAUGGAUAAGUUAUAAUGAUAUCCUUUAUCGUGGAAAUGAUAAAAGAUCUGAAUACCAUAUGAAUUUUCUUUGGGGAGAAAAAGAAACUUGUGACUAUAUUGAUGUUAAGCAUAAAUUUGUUUCCUCCUAUUUUAACUUUGAUUCUGACUUUUUGUUUGAAUGCAAACCAGAAACUAAAGCUUAUCACUUAGAAUUCAAUGCAAAUUCCAACUCUCCUGAAUGGGAUAUGCUCAAUGUGAAUAUUAAAAAAUUAUUUCAUAUGGAACGUAAUUCAGAAGGUUGGGACUCAUUUAAUUUUAAUCAUCCAAAUCUUAGAAUAGAUGCUGAAGGAAAAUCUGGGAUAAACUCUGAAGGAUUUUAUUAUGAUAAAAAAUACAGCAUAAGGAGUCAGACUGAUAUCAUUCCAAAUGCAGAGAUAAAAUAUCAUUAUAAACUUCUAACAGCUUCUCGUUACAUAGAAUUAUCAAUUGAAUCCCCAGAAGAAGGACUUAGAUCUGCAAAUUGGAUUGUGGAUAUAUCUGGAGAUAAAAAAAAAUUUUCACUUACUGGAACGCACAUGCUCAUGAGAAAUCCUGAAAAAGUGUAUAAUCGUGGGAAAAUUUUACUGAAAUUAGUAACUCCAUUCAAGAUAUCAACAAAAGGCCAUGUAGAUUUAAAAUCAUUGUAUAAGUUUGGAAGAUGGCUUCAUUCUAAAAUAGAAAUACUGAAAACUAGAAUUCAUUCAGUUAAAAGAGAUCGUAAUCAUCCUAUUAAACAAAUUAUGAAAUCUCUUAGAAAAAUUACAAGAAGAGAGGAAGAAUAUUUUAAAAGAAUGUAUAGUCAGGCUGAAGAAAAUUUGAAAGAAAUUCGACAUCUUCUCAAUCCAUUUGUAGAACCUACUGUUGAAAUGCUUUAUAAUAUCAAAGAAAUAAUUAUUGUUAAUGCACAUCACUUAUUUUAUAACUAUGAAGCAUAUACAGUAGGAGGGCAGGCGAUAAAUCAAAUAGGAAUUCACGAAUAUAUGACUGAAGCAUUAGAAAACCUUCCAGAUGGAAUUGUUGAAGCAAUAAAAGUUAAUGUUGCCUCCCAUGAUGAAUAUGUAGUUAAGUUUCAUUAUUCAGGACCACAUUGGUUUCAAUGGCAAAGUCUUUCUGAGCUUCCUCGAUCAUGGGAAGGAACAUGGAGAAAUCCAGUGUUUCAACUUUUACCUCAAUUUCAUUUGGAAAAUCUAUUUAAAAGAAGAUAUAUAGUGCCACCAUUUUAUAAAACAGCAAUGAUAUUUGGUCCACUUCAUGUUUAUACUUUUGAUGGAAAAGUAUAUGAAUUUCCAAAAUAUCCCACACCUGAUUGUAUGUACUUACUGAUGCAUGACACUAGGGAAUCAUCAUUUUCUAUUAUGACUUCAGAAAAAACAAUUUAUUUGCUGUUUCCUGAGCUAACAAUUUCAAUAAAUUCUGAUAAAAAAAUUUAUGUGAAUAAUAGUCAUGAAGAGAGUGCUGUACCCAUUGAAUCUCCAAAUGGUAAAGUAUCAGUAACUCGUGAAGGGGAAAUUAUAGCAGUGAAUACUAUUGGACUGAAGGUUCUUUGUGAUACAAAAAGGAUGUUUUGCAUUUUUAUGUUGGAUCCAUUACAUCACAAUGGAAUUAUGGGAUUAUUAGGCAAUGCUGAUGGUGAACAUUACAAUGAUUUUAUGCUUGCUAAUGGUACAAUUGUUCAAACUGCAGCUGAAUUGGCUCAGGGAUAUGAAAUGAGUAAUCACAAAAUAUGUAGACAACUGCAAGAAAAAAUGAAACCAGAAUGGUCUAGUAAUAUACAUGAUCAGUGUUCAAAUACAUUUACACGUCACUUAUCGACAUGUGCAGUUUAUUUAGAUAUUGAUCAGGAAAUUUUUAAGGAAGCUUGCUAUUGGGAUGUUUCUGAAGGAAAUAAUGCAUGCUUUAGUCCAGAUGCUUUAGCUGGAUUUUGUACAGUUAAUGGAAUGAAAACAGAACCUUGCUCAUUUAAACCAAGAUGGUAUUUAAAAGUAGUUGAUUCUUUGCAUAAAUUAGAAGUUAUUGUUAUAAUGGAUCAACAUUAUUCCAUGUUUUCCCCUGGUUUAAAAGGCCUUGAAAGUUUAUUAGGAGCAGUUGAGGAUGAAUUCAGAAGUAACGGAUACAGUAGCAUACUUUACAGUUUAAUAGGAUUUGGUGGAAAGGGAAUUCGUGAAGAUCCACAUAUAAUAACACCAAAUACUGAUAUAUGGCAUGUUUAUAAAGAUAUUAUAUCAAUGGGACAGUUAUUGAAAUUUGAAGGGAAAAAAAGAGGUGAUGCUUUAGAAGCUGUAAAAUAUGCUACUACUAUCCUGCCUUUUGACAUGCAGUCUUCCAAAAUUAUUCUUUUGUUUACUGUAGAUGAUACAGAUACUAGAUACAGCAAUUUGAAAGUGCAAUAUCUUCAUCGACUCUUAGAGUCAUAUGCUAUUACACUUUAUACAUUUGCUGAUUUCUCUUCAAUUGAUAAGGGCAAGAAAGUAUUUGGGCUUAGAGCAGAUGGUCUUAUUUUUCCUCAAUCAAGAAGAGGAGAAUCUUUUAUGGAUUUUCCAAAGACUGAAAAAGCAAAAUUGACUUCCGGUACUCGUGGAUCUAUCUUUCUGAGAAAAUUUGCAGAAGCCAAUGAACCAUAUGCAUUUUACAAAAUUGCUGCAGAAGAAUUCUAUGCUAAAGUUAGGAAAGAAGUUUUGAAAACAAGAAAAUGUGAUUGGACAUUAAAUCAUUGGUGGGAUGUCCAGAAUAAAUGCCUUUUGGGUGAUUAACAUUUAGUUUAUUUUUGUUUUUGGAAGAUAAAAAUUUAUAAUUUUUUUUUUUUGACAAAAUUAAUCUCUCUUUAUAAAAAGAAAAUGCAUCAACUUUGAUAUGAAAACUGCUGUAUGAUAAGAAAAUAUGUAUUGUCAUCUGAUUUCAUAUUACAUAAUAAAAAUUCUCUAAAUUUUCUUUUUGUUAUGUAUUUAAAGAAAAUAUUUAAA